GUUCUUCUGUGUGGCAGUUCAGAAUGAUGGAUCAAGCUAGAUCAGCGUUCUCUAACUUGUUUGGUGGAGAGCCAUUGUCAUAUACCCGGUUCAGCCUGGCUCGGCAAGUAGAUGGCGAUAACAGUCAUGUGGAGAUGAAACUUGCCGUAGAUGAAGAAGAAAAUGCUGACAAUAAUACAAAGGCCAAUGUCACAAAACCGAAAAGGUGUAGUGGAAAUAUCUGCUAUGGGGCUAUUGCUGUGAUCGUCUUUUUCUUGAUUGGAUUUAUGAUUGGCUACUUGGGCUAUUGUAAAGGGGUAGAACCAAAAACCGAGUGUGAGAGACUGGCAGGAACCGAGUCUCCAGUGAGGGAGGAACCAGGAGAGGACUUCCGUGCAGCACCUCGCUUAUAUUGGGAUGACCUGAAGAAAAAGUUGUCAGAGAAGCUGGACACCACAGACUUCACCAGCACCAUCAAGCUGCUGAAUGAAAAUUCAUAUGUCCCUCGUGAGGCUGGAUCUCAAAAAGAUGAAAAUCUUGCAUUGUAUGUUGAAAAUCAGUUUCGUGAAUUUAAACUCAGCAAAGUCUGGCGUGAUCAACAUUUUGUUAAGAUUCAGGUCAAAGACAGCGCUCAAAACUCGGUGAUCAUAGUUGAUAAGAACGGUAGACUUGUUUACCUGGUGGAGAAUCCUGGGGGUUAUGUGGCAUAUAGUAAGGCUGCAACAGUUACUGGUAAACUGGUCCAUGCUAAUUUUGGUACUAAAGAAGAUUUUGAGGAUUUAGACACUCCUGUGAAUGGAUCUCUAGUGAUUGUCAGAGCAGGGAAAAUCACCUUUGCAGAAAAGGUUGCAAAUGCUGAAAGCUUAAAUGCAAUUGGUGUCUUGAUAUACAUGGACCAGACUAAAUUUCCCAUUGUUAACGCAGAACUUUCAUUCUUUGGACAUGCUCAUCUGGGGACAGGUGACCCUUACACACCUGGAUUCCCUUCCUUCAAUCACACCCAGUUUCCACCAUCUCGGUCAUCAGGAUUGCCUAAUAUACCCGUCCAGACAAUCUCCAGAGCUGCUGCAGAAAAGCUGUUUGGGAAUAUGGAAGGAGACUGUCCCUCUGACUGGAAAACAGACUCUACAUGUAGGAUGGUAACCUCAGAAAGCAAGAAUGUGAAGCUCACUGUGAGCAAUGUGCUGAAAGAGAUAAAAAUUCUUAACAUCUUUGGAGUUAUUAAAGGAUUUGUAGAACCAGAUCACUAUGUUGUAAUUGGGGCCCAGAGAGAUGCAUGGGGCCCUGGAGCUGCAAAAUCCGGUGUAGGCACAGCUCUCCUAUUGAAACUUGCCCAGGUGUUCUCAGAUAUGGUCUUAAAAGAUGGGUUUCAGCCCAGCAGAAGCAUUAUCUUUGCCAGUUGGAGUGCUGGAGACUUUGGAUCGGUUGGUGCCACUGAAUGGCUAGAGGGAUACCUUUCGUCCUUGCAUUUAAAGGCUUUCACUUAUAUUAAUCUGGAUAAAGCAGUUCUUGGUACCAGCAACUUCAAGGUUUCUGCCAGCCCAUUGUUGUACACACUUAUUGAGAAAACAAUGCAAAAUGUGAAACAUCCGGUUACUGGGCAAUCUCUAUAUCAGGACAGCAACUGGGCCAGCAAAGUUGAGAAACUCACUUUAGACAAUGCUGCUUUCCCUUUCCUUGCAUAUUCUGGAAUCCCAGCAGUUUCUUUCUGUUUUUGUGAGGACACAGAUUAUCCUUAUUUGGGUACCACCAUGGACACCUAUAAGGAACUGAUUGAGAGGAUUCCUGAGUUGAACAAAGUGGCACGAGCAGCUGCAGAGGUCGCUGGUCAGUUGGUGAUUAAACUAACCCAUGAUGUGGAAUUGAACCUGGACUACGAGAGGUACAACAGCCAACUACUUUCCUUUGUGAGGGAUCUGAACCAAUACAGAGCAGACAUAAAGGAAAUGGGCCUGAGUUUACAGUGGCUGUAUUCUGCUCGUGGAGACUUUUUCCGUGCUACUUCCAGACUAACAACAGAUUUCGGGAAUGCUGAGAAAACAGACAGAUUUGUCAUGAAGAAACUCAAUGAUCGUGUCAUGAGAGUGGAGUAUCACUUCCUCUCUCCCUACGUAUCUCCAAAAGAGUCUCCUUUCCGCCAUGUCUUCUGGGGCUCCGGCUCUCACACGCUGUCAGCUUUACUGGAGAACUUGAAACUGCGUAAACAAAAUAACGGUGCUUUUAAUGAAACGCUGUUCAGAAACCAGUUGGCUCUAGCUACUUGGACUAUUCAGGGAGCUGCAAAUGCCCUCUCUGGUGACGUUUGGGACAUUGACAAUGAGUUUUAAAUGUGAUACCCAUAGCUUCCAUCAGAACAGCAGGGUAGUCUGGUUUCUAGACUUGUGCUGAUUGUGCUAAAUGUUCAGUAGGGCUACAAAACCUGAUGUUAGAAUUCCAUCCCAUCAUCUUGGUACUACUAGAUGUCUUUAGGCAGCAGCUUUUAAUACAGGGUAGAUAACCUGUACUUCAAGUUAAAGUGAAUAACCACUUAAAAAAUGUCCAUGAUGGAAUAUUCCCCUAUCUCUAGAAUUUUAAGUGCUUUGUAAUGGGAACUGCCUCUUUCCUGUUGUUGUUAACGAAAAUGUCAGAAACC